AUGGCUGCCGGCAAGCGACCAGCUGCCGGCCACGGGACGGAUCAAGAACCAGAAAUCUCCUGCUGCAAAAGGAGGCGCGUCCGCAUCGGCAGCACCGCGGCCUUCGAGUUCGAUGACACGCCCUGCCUCGGCGAGGGCAGCUUCGGCGCCGUCCUCAAGGCGCGCCACCGCGUCACGGGCAAGACCGUCGCCAUCAAGGUCCUCCGCUCCAGCGGCGAUCUUGUCACCGCCAACAAAGAGAUCCAGGACGAGGCCGGCUUCCUCGAGGCCUGCACCCCGAACCCUUACGUCGUCGGCUCCCACGGACUCUUCCGCGACCCUGAGACCUACAACCUCUGCCUCGCCAUGGACUACGUCGGGCCCAACCUCCACGCUUUCUUGUCCGAGAGGCCGCCGCUACCGGAGGCCAUCGUGAAAGCCUACAUGUGGCAGCUCCUCACCGGCGCCAACAAGAUGCACAACCACCGCAUCCUCCACCGCGACAUCAAGCCCCACAACAUCCUGGUCGGGGAAGGAGGAAAGAUCCUAAAGUUCUGCGACCUCGGGCUGGCCAUGUCCUUGAAGACCGCGAGGAAGCCGUACGAGUUCGCCGGCACCAUGCCCUACAUGGCCCCCGAGAUGCUCCUGGGGAGGCCGGACUACGACGCGGGCGUCGACGUGUGGUCGCUGGGAUGCGUCAUGGCCGAGAUGCUGUUCAAGGCCGACAAGAAGGACGACAGGGCCGCCCAGCUCUCGGCCAUCUUCCGCGUUCUUGGCUUCCCGGACGAGAGCACGUGGCCGGACUUCGUCGCGGCCGAGGUGCCGCGAGUGUUCUUCUCCGCGCAGGCGCAGCAGCACAACACAAACACGCUGGGAAACCUCUUCCCCCGGGAGACCUUGUCCCAGGACGGCUUCCAAGUCCUGAAAGGGCUUCUCGAGUGCAACCCAGCUAGGCGGCUGACGACGGCCGCCGCGCUCCAGCUCCCGUGGUUCGAGCCCAAGCUCCCUACCCCCACCGACGACGUGUCAAAGUCGUUGCCGCCAGUAAGGAACGUUAUGCGGAUCAAGAUCGUGUCGGCGGGGACACUCAAGAAGAAGACUGUGCUGCGGAUCAAGUUCACUCCGCCGGCGACACCCAAGAAGAAGCUUGGGCGGAUCAAGUUCACUCCGCCGGCGACACCCAAGAAGAACCUUGGGCGUAUCAAGAUCAUCCCACCGGCGACGCCAGGAACGAAGGAGAACCUGCUGCAGCGGAUCAAGGUCAUCCCACCGGCGACACCGCAGAUGAAGAACGUGCUCAGAAUACCACUAGCGAUGUGGAACAAGGCCAUGUAG